AGAAGAGAAGGAAUUGACUCAGUAAUGACCGUCACUGCUUGUGGUACUGUUAACAAGCAGCAGCAGCAAUAGUAACAAAAGCAGCAGCAGCAGCAUCAACAACAGUAACAGCAGCAGCAACAGCAACAACAACAACAACAACAACAACAGCAACAACAACAACCACAACAACAGCAGCAACAGCAGCAAAAGUAACAGCAGCAGCAGCAUCAAAAGCAUCAGCAUAAGCAGUAGCAACAGCAGCAGCAACAGCAGCAGCAACAGCAGCAGCAACAGUAUCAGCAUCAGCAGUAGCAACAGCAGCAGCUGGGUCUCCAUCAAGUUCCUUACAUCACAGUAUAUGUGUCUUAAUACACUAUGGAUGAUAAACAUGUGUUUAAUGGAUGUAGACUAAUCAAGGCUGUUAAGAUCUGUGCCAGAAAUGUCUUGUAUAAGACAUUCCUCUGGGGAACCCCAGAAAAACCUACCAAUAUGAAGUUAGAUCAUUACUUAAAUAAAAAGAAUGAUAAAAAAAAAUCUAAAUUCUUUGACAGAACACAAAAAGAGAUGAUUGAUAAGAGUCCAGAUGGAUCAGAGUUUGAUGUGUCACUGCUGCAUCUUAGCAUCAAACUCGCCUGUAAGGAUGUAGCUCCAUUCAAUGAUCAAAAAUGGAACACUAAAGGUAACAUAAUGGAGUACUACAUUACUUCAAUAAAGAACAUGAGGAACAAUGUUCUUCAUGGUCAACUUGCAGUUACUGAUAAAAAUUAUUUUGAAAAUAUAAAAGAACUUCGGGAGUUGCUAACUGGUUGUCUUGAGACAUCCGGAAAGAAGUAUGGGAGAGACCAGGAUGAAGUGAACCAGGAGGUCACACGGAUGAAUGAUGUCCUGGACCACAUUAUGAAUAAGAUUAUUGGAGAGGAAGACAUACUGAUGUAUGGUGGAGACAAACUCAAACAUCUUAUGAUUAAUGACAGUCGUGACAAACUUAAGAAGAUCUUCCAAAGUAUCAGCUAUGUCAACCCAGUGUCUUUCAUCACUAGUGACUUGAAACUUAAAGUAGACAAAAUUUUUGUAGAUAUUGAGGUCAAACAUGGAAAACGUGGAGGUGAAGGUGAACAUAUAAGUCAUCAACACCUUCUUAAGCUUCUUCAGACCACAGCAGUACCAUCAUCCACAUGCACUGUCUCACAACAGCAGUACCAGACUACAGCAGCAGCGUCUACAAGCACUGUCUCACAACAACUAGGUACAUCUACUCACCCACAUAUAAUAUUGCUAGAAGGCGUGACUGGCAGUGGCAAGACUACUCUAGUCACGUUAGUAAUAGAUGAAUGGACUCAAGAUGGUAAAGGUAAUAUUAGUGACUUAGAUAAUUACGAGCUUCUACUGUGGGUGCAGUGCAGGGACCCAACAAUGACCUGCUACCAGCAGCUCCUGGACCGACUGAUACCAGAGGUAGCCAUAAAAUUCAAGGAAAUUCUUCCGAAACUGAUGAAGCUUUGCAAGAUCUUGAUUAUAAUUGACGGCCUUGAUGAAGACAAUGAAAGUUCUAGAACACUAGUCCAGAGUCUAUUGCAAGAAUUUAAGUACUGUUCUAAUAUUGCUUUUCUGUGCACUUCACGACCAGAAAAAGUUGAGAAUUUUAGGAAGACAAUCCCUGCAGAGUAUAUUGUGAAAUAUGCUACACUUCAUGGUAUAGCUAAGGAAAAUUUAGCACAAUUCGUGCGUCUGAAUCACCAGGAGAUAACCAAACAAACAGGGAAUAACAGAAAUACUGAACAACUGGUAAGAAAGGUGAUAAAGCUAGGACUUCAUGAGCACUUAAGACUACCAAUGAAUUUGAUUCUUUUGAUAUACAUCUGGGACCACGACCCUGACCAGCUGAACUUUACAUCUGUCACUCACACAGAGCUAUAUCAUAAUAUUCAUGUACUGUGUAAACACAAGUUAAUAGAGAGACUGACCAACCAUGAAGCUACAAAGAAUAUAGAUGUCAGGAAAUUAAAGAUUAAGAAAAUUUUGAUAACUAUGUACAAGACAGCUCUAGAAAGUCUUUCAAGUGAUCAGUUAAACCUUGAGGAAGAAACUGUAGAUAAACUUAUAUCCACCUGUAAUGAAUUGUGUUUACCUUAUAAAGAAGUGUUGUCAGCGUUCCUUUGUUUAAGACCAACAUGGACGAUACUGGGGAUCAAGGAGCGGUACUCAGCUCCUCACAAAGGAAUACAAGAUUACUUCGCUGCUCUCUAUAUUGUGAGCAAUCUUAAUAACCCUCAGAAUUCUACACCUACACCUGUCUCAGCUACACUUGCUUCAGCUACACCUGCCUCAGCUACACCUGCCUCUGUUACACUUGCUUCAGAUACACCUGCUGCACCUGCCAGUAUCAGGGGAGUGUUAGAAGAGAGCAUCAGGUCAGGUGUGGUAGACAUGAACAAGUACCAGAAUGUUCUGAUACAUGUGGCUGGGCUGCUGCACCUGGUACUAGACCAGGUACCUGAGGAACCUGCACGGGAAGUGGUUCAUCUCCUACAAGAGUCUGGUAUGAGAGACAAUGACCAGUGGCUCGACCUCCUUGACAACACUAACAAGUCUCCAGUAAUUGUCAAAGAAAUAUCUGACUUUUUUAAUAGAAAAGAAAUAAUUGACGUAAGUGAUGGACGUGUGAGAAGCUACGCUGCUCUCCUGCCAUAUCUCAGCUCCUGCAAAGUGGUGAUUAUUAUCCAGGGUGACCCUGAUGACCUGCCUGACCUGCCUGACCUGCUGGCUACUCUCACACACCAUCACUGUACAGACCUGAUACUGCACCACCACUACCAUCGUGCCGAUACAACCACCACUUCUGACAACCUGUUACAACUUGUACGACCUCGGAGUCACCUGGAGGUGUUCAAGGGUUGUCUUACUGGUGAAGCUGUGAGGCUGCUACAACAGUGUCCCAAGACUAGAUUCCUCCAGCUGGCUGUGGUGAGUGACCACCAUGCUGGAUGUCUCCUGCCACAACUACACCACACUGUCACCUCCACACUAAGGCUACUUAAAAAGCUCGUUUUGAGAGUGUCAGCAGCUGUUGUGUCAGCAUCAGCUGUGACAUCACUGCCCAGCUCAGAGGAUGUGGCGCUAGAGCUGACUGAUAUGAGUGACGACAUAGUCAGUCAUGCCUGUGACCUGGCCCAGCAGCUACAGCCACCAGGAGGGUACUGGAGGAUCUGGUGUUACAGCUGCACAGUAACAGUGGUGGGCAUCCAAGACAUGAUCCAUCACCUGCAUCACCACAGUGUUAAGAUGAGGGAUGGGUUAACAAUAUUCACCAACGUCAGGAUCUCACCACACCAACAGCGCCAGCUGGUCACUCUGGCCCAGACAACACUCAACUGUGACUUAAUAAUUGGUGGAACCUUUUGGCUAUAUGGAUUAGGCGAAUCUGAUGAGUCAAGUGAAUCUGAUGAAUGAGGUGAACUUGAUGAAUCAGAUGAAUCUGGUCAGUCAGUUGAGCCUGAUGAAUCGAGUGAACCUGUUGUAUUAGGUGAAUCUGAUAAAUCAGGUGACCCUGAUGAAUCAGAUGAAGCUGAUGAAUCAGGUGAAUGUGGUGAAUCAAGUGAACCUGGGGAAUCACGUGUUUCUGAGGAACCAAGUGCCCCUGGUGGAUCAGAUGAAUCUUAUGAAUAAGGUGAAUUUUUUGAAUCCGAUGAGUCUGUUGAAAGAGGUGAACCUGGUGAAUCAAAUGAAUCUGGUGAAUGAGGUGAACCUGGUGAUUCCGACGAAUCUGGUGAAUCAGAAGAAUCUGGUGAUUCAGGUGAAUCUGGUGAAUCUGAUGAAUCAGGUGAAUUUGAUGAAUCAGGUGAACCUAGUGACUCAGAUGAAUCUGGUAAAUCUGAUUAAUAAGACUGAUCAUAAUAAUUUGAAUAAUCAGAUGACUGAGUAACUUUACUGAGACAAUAGAGAUGUGAAAGUCUUGCAACAACAGGAAGUCUGGAUAACUUGUCUAGACCAACAUGCCUGGAUAACUUGUCCAGACUAACAUGCCUGGAUAACUUAUCUAGACCAACAUGCCUGGAUAACUUGUCCAGACCAUCAUGCCUCGAUAACUUCUCCAGACCAACAUGCCUGGGUAACUUGUCCAGACCAUCAUGCCUGGAUAACUUGUCCAGACCAACAUGCCUGGAUAACUUGUCCAGACCAACAUGCCUGGAUAACUUGUUCAGAUCAUCAUGCCUGGAUAACUUGUACAGACCACCAUGCCUGGAUAACUUGUCCUCACCAUCAUGCCUGGAUAACUUGUCCUGACCAUCAUGACUGGAUAACUUGUCCAGACCAACAUGCCUGGAUAACUUGUCCGGACCAUCAUGCCUGGAUAACUUGUCCAGACCAUCAUGCCUGGAUAACUUGUCCAGACCAUCAUGCCUGGAUAACUUGUUAUGACCAUCAUGCCUGGAUAACUUGUCUAGACCAUUAUGCCUAGAAAACUUGUCCAGACAAUCAGCCUGGAUAGCUUGUCCUGACCAUCAUGACUGGAUAACUUGUCCUGACCAUCAUGACUGGAUAACUUGUCCAGAGCAUCAUGCCUGGAUAACUUGUCCAGACCAUCAUGCCUGGAUAACUUGUUAUGACCAUCAUGCCUGGAUAACUUGUCCUGACCAUCAUGACUGGAUAACUUGUCCAGACCAUCAUGCCUGGAUGACUUGUCCUGACCAUCAUGCCUGGAUAACUUGUCCUGACCAUCAUGACUGGAUAACUUGUCCUGACCAUCAUGACUGGAUAACUUGUCCUGACCAUCAUGACUGGAUAACUUGUCCAGACCAUCAUUCCUGGAUGACUUGUCCUGACCAUCAUGCCUGGAUAACUUGUCCAUACCAUCAUGCCUGGAUAACUUGUCCAGACCAACAUGCCUGGAUAACUUGUCCAGACCAACAUGCCUAGAAAACUUGUCCAGACCAUCAUGCCUGGAUAACUUGUCCCAACCAUCAAGACUGGAUAACUUGUCCAGACCAACAUGCCUAGAUAACUUGUCCAGACCAACAUGUCUGGAUAACUUGUCCCAACCAUCAAGACUGGAUAACUUGUCCAGACAAACAUGCUUGGAUAACUUGUCCAGACUGUUGUACCUUGGAGAUAGCCGAAUGUGUAAUAUUUAGCUGUUGUCUGAGAAUGUGAUUAUCACUUAAUAUUAUAGCGAGAAAACCUACAUUUAUAACUAAAAUAGAGAUAAUCAGUGUUAUGUUAUUAUUUAUCAAUAUAUAAAUAUAUACCACGUUAUUGCUAUUGUUAUUAUCGAUAUUGAGGAUAAUUGUAAAUAUUUUUAUGUUAGGUAAGAUCUCUUACAUGCGCAAAAAAACAAACAAAAGUCAGGGAACUUUCAGGUAAAUUAUUGUUCACUUGUUUAAGUCUGCCUUACUGACGUUUGUGUUACUUGAUACAACCUUAAGACAGGUGAGUACUGGCAGGGAAGCAGUCUGCUCCCUGAUCUAGCCCUGACUACCAGACUGGCAGUGAAGCAGUCUGCUUCCUGAUCUAGCCCUGACUUCGAGACUGGCAGUGAAGCAGUUUGCUGC